CUCAACUUUCUUCCACCUCUCACUAUGAGUAUAUACAGUUCACGUAGGCCGUGACUUCAACAGGUCAUCAGUGUACAUAGGCCGUGACUUCAACAUGUCAUCAGUUCACGUAGGCCGUGACUUCAACAGGUCAUCAGUGUACGUAGGCCGUGACUUCAACAGGUCAUCAGUUCACGUAGGCCGUGACUUCAACAGGUCAUCAGUGUACGUAGGCCGUGACUUCAACAGGUCAUCAGUUCACGUAGGCAGUGACUUCAACAGGUCAUCAGUGUACGUAGGCCGUGACUUCAACAGGUCAUCAGUGUACGUAGGCCGUGACUUCAACAGGUCAUCAGUUCACGUAGGCCAUGACUUCAACAGGCCAUCAGUGUACGUAGGCCGUGACUUCAACAGGUCACGAGUGUACGUAGGCCAUGACUUCAACAGGGCAUGGGUGUAUGUAGGCUAUGAUUUCAACACCUACAUGGGUCAUGAGUGUAUUUAGGCCAUUGGCUUCAACAGGUCAUGGGUGUAUGUAGGCCAUGAAAUCAACAGGUCAUGAGUCCAUGUAAGCCAUUACUUCAACAUCCACACAGAGCUGAGUCUCUCCAAGUUUACCCAUUUGUUUUGGUUGUAACAUACU